AUGGCAAAAGGGAAGAAAAAGAAAACUAGAGAUAAGAGGAAACGUGGUAAAGGAAAAAAGAAGAUCUCACUGCCUAAGACCGAAUUAGAAAUAAAACUGACCGAGCAAAUGAUGAAGAGGGUCGGAAAGAAACUAAGACCUAUGAAAGUCCUUCAGGAGAUGUACAAGAAAAUUAUGGACCACUACGACAGAUAUCGUUCGAAACGUCCAGUUUACUCGCCCAGUCAUUUAUCAACUAAGGUACCUAGUACUUCAAGACCGACGGAAGAACCGAGGUCGGUCGAUUAUUCGGGAUCGGUUGGAGAACUUGCAGAAAUCUUUUUUGUAAGACGUACUACUAUGAUAGAUAAGCGAAAAGGGGACGAAGACGAUUCUCCUAUAAACAUAGAGACGAGGCUAGUCAAGAAGUGCAAUUACCUGAGGCUUAGCUUCGAGGGAAUGUUCGAUGCUGAGAGGAAGACUGUCAUCACAAACUCUGGCUACCACGUUAUAGGAUCAUUGGGAGGAGAGGUUUUAAUAUGGAAUGGACCACUUUUUGGAAAAUAUAUAUUACAAAACUUUCAUGUACACUAUGGAGAAUCUCGUAAUGAUGGAAGCGAGCACACAAUAAAUGGACGAAGAUUUACAAUGGAAAUGCACAUGGUAUUCCUGCCCCAUUCAGCUAACGUUGACAUCACGCAAGAGUCGUUUAACAUGACAGCUAAAAAAGUAGUACUAGGAUUGAUAUUUAAGCUGAGCCGUAAAAUCUGCUACUACGACCUCUUCUCUGUUGUAUCACACAUCAACAAGAAGGGAAAGAGUCUCGAGACGUCCAACAACCUCCUCUACGAUUUCAAAGACAUUUUGGCUGAAUCGGAAUAUUACAAUUACUCCGGAAGCGGUACUGAAGGCGAUCAUAAAGAGUACGAGUGGCUGCUUUUCAAGAAAGUGUUGCCGAUAAAUAAACGACAGAUGCAGAACAUGUGGGAUUUGAGAAAAUUCGAUACAGAAAAAACUAACGUGAAGCCAACCCAGCCUUUGGGAGAAAGAACGAUCUUCACACCUUAUUAUUACGACCAUCACAAAUGUCGUGGUAAAGAACAGUGCAAAUGUUUCGGCCAUUCUAAGGCGUUCAAACCGAUUCCGAAGAUUGCACCAUUGCCAAUUGUUGAAUAA